AUGGCAGCUAACUCAGCUUCCCACUGGUUUUUUCUAUGCAUUGCAAUGUUGUUUCUAAAUGUUAUGGUGACUCAAUGCAAUGUCACCUAUGACAGAAAGGCUCUUAUCAUUGAUGGGCAGAGGAGAAUUCUCUUUUCUGGUUCUAUACAUUAUCCUAGAAGCACCCCUCAGAUGUGGGAAGGUCUUAUACAGAAAGCUAAAGAUGGUGGUUUGGAUGCUAUUGACACCUAUGUCUUUUGGAACCUCCAUGAACCUUCUCCUGGCAAUUAUAAUUUUGAAGGGAGAUAUGAUUUGGUUCAGUUCAUCAAACUGGUAAAAAAAGCUGGGCUAUACGUUCAUCUUCGCAUUGGGCCUUAUAUUUGUGCAGAAUGGAAUUUUGGAGGUUUUCCUGUUUGGUUGAAGUAUGUUCCGGGAAUUAGCUUCAGAACAGAUAAUGAGCCUUUCAAGCAAGCAAUGCAAAAAUUCACCCAAAAAAUCGUCCAAAUGAUGAAGGAUGAAAACUUGUUUGAGUCUCAAGGUGGUCCCAUCAUCCUCUCUCAGAUUGAAAAUGAAUAUGAACCUGAAAGAAAGUCAUUUGGACCUGCUGGUCAAGCUUAUGUUAAAUGGGCUGCAACAAUGGCUGUUGGGCUGGACACAGGGAUCCCAUGGGUUAUGUGCAAGGAAUAUGAUGCCCCAGAUCCCGUGAUAAACACAUGCAAUGGUUUUUAUUGUGACUAUUUCUCUCCAAACCAACCGUACAAACCCACAAUGUGGACUGAGGCAUGGACUGGCUGGUUUUCAGACUUUGGUGGCCCGAAUUACCGCAGGCCAGUUGAGGAUUUAGCAUUUGCUGUUGCCAGAUUCAUUCAAAAGGGUGGCUCCUUUGUCAAUUACUAUAUGUACCAUGGUGGUACCAACUUUGGAAGAACUGCUGGAGGCCCUUUCAUUACUACCAGCUAUGACUAUGAUGCUCCAAUUGAUGAAUAUGGCUUGAUCAGGCAACCUAAGUAUGAUCAUCUGAAGGAACUCCAUACGGCUAUUAGGUUGUGUGAAAAAGCUUUGUUGACUGCUGAUCCUAACGUCAUAGCUUUGGGAAGCUACGAACAGGCACAUGUUUUCUCUUCCGAGUCGGGCGGCUGUGCUGCAUUUCUCUCCAACUACAAUAUGCGGUCAGAUGCAAGGGUGACUUUUAAUAAUAUGCACUAUGACCUUCCCCGUUGGUCCAUCAGCAUCCUUCCAGAUUGCCAAAAUGUUGUUUUCAACACCGCCAAAGUUGGAAUUAAAGCAUCUCAAGUGCAAAUGCUACCGACAAAUGUGAAGUUGGAAUCCUGGGAGACAUUCAAUGAAGAUGUAUAUUCAGUGGAGGAUGAGUCACCAAUGACAGUCAAGGGUCUCUUGGAACAAUUAAACAUCACAAGAGAUACCAGUGAUUAUCUCUGGUACACAACCAGUGUCCAAAUAAGUUCAGCUGAAUCAUUUCUUCAUGGAGGCAAACUCCCCUCCCUCAGUGUGCAAUCAGCAGGGCAUGGCAUGCAUGUUUUUAUCAAUGGGCAGCUUUCAGGAUCAGCCUUUGGGACUCGGCAAAACAGGAGGUUUACUUUUACAGAAAGUAUAAACCUGCACCCUGGAAUGAAUAAAAUUUCAAUUCUCAGUAUAGCGGUUGGAUUGCCGAAUAUUGGUUUGCAUUUUGAGACAUGGGACACAGGAGUCCGAGGACCAGUUGUUCUACAUGGGCUAGAUGAAGGACAAAGGGACUUAACCUGGCAGAAAUGGUCAUACAAGGUUGGCCUUAAGGGAGAAGCUGAUAGUCUAGGUUCUCCAAAUUCUAUCCCAUCAAUUGAUUGGAUCCAAGGAUCCUUGGCAGCUCAGAAACAACAUCCAUUAACGUGGUGUAAGGCAUUUUUUGAUGCUCCGGAAGGAGAUGAUCCCUUAGCUUUGGACAUGGGUAGCAUGGGAAAAGGCCAACUAUGGAUCAAUGGACAGAGCAUAGGCCGAUAUUGGACUACUUCAGCCAAUGGUAAUUGCAGUGAAUGCAGCUAUGUCGGUUCAUUUCGUCAGACCAAAUGUCAAUUUGGUUGUGGCAAUCCAACUCAGCAAUGGUACCAUGUUCCCAGAUCCUGGUUGAAGUCAACACAAAAUUUAUUGCUGGUUUUUGAAGAAAUUGGGGGAGAUGCAUCAAAGAUUUCACUGGUAAAACGAUUGGUGACAAAUAGCUAACUUAAACAUGAUCUCAAAUGACAUAUUUAUCCCAAAAAGAAAGAAAGAAGAAGAGGCAAAGAAGAAGGAUGAUUACAUACUCAUUAUCUCAAAUGGAAUGUAAUACAAAAUAGCAAACAUUGGCCAUUUGUACUGCCAACAAUAGAUGGGUUGAGACUUCCAAAUAGUGUUCUUGUGGAGGCUGAAAAUUGCAGAUGGAAUUCGUGAUGGCUGGUCUUUGGACUCUUUUU